UUAAUUUACUAAAAGAUUUAAUUUCUUAUCCAAUCCUGUUUCUGGAAUGUAGACGUGCCCCGUUGGGAACAUCUUUGAUCCUGUGACUUAUGAAUGCGUACCAACGAGUGAAGCUACAUGCAUGACGUCGUUCGACUGUGGCGAAGACGGCUACUACACUUACCCCGACACUUGCAGUGGACUGUACUUUCUCUGUGCUGGUGGCACAAGUUACCCAAUGUAUUGUCCUUCACGAUCCGUGUUUGACCAAAACUCGUCUACUUGUAAGCCAAUAGAAGAAACAUGCACGCCUGGGCCAAAGACCACUACACCAAAUACUACACCAACUACUACACCAGCUACUACACCAGCUACUACACCAACUACUACACCAACUACUACACCAACUACUACACCAACUACUACACCAACUACUACACCAACUACUACACCAACUACUACACCAACUACUACACCAACUACUACACCAACUACUGCACCAACUACUACCCCAACUACUACACCAACCACUACACUAACUACAACACCAAUCACCACACCAAAAAUCACUACACCAAUCACCACAUCAAUGGGUUUUAUUUGCCCAUCAAAAAAUGUUUUACUUUUGGAGUUUAAAAUUAACACUAUGCUCUCGACUUAUGUUUUUUUAAGGUCCUAA